AACAUGAAGGUGGAGUACAUAAUGAUAUGAUCCAUGAAGUCGAUCAGCCGAACAAUGAAGUCUAUUCAGAAGAUGAAACUAUUUUAGCUGAAAAAGACAAUAUUAGAGACUCUGAAAUAUUGGAGCAUGUGAAGAUCAACAUUGAUCCCGGUACGCCUGUCUCGACUUUGAGAAAUCUCAUCAAGAGUACAAAAUCAAAGCCAUCAUUGAGCAAAUAUGAGCUACAAAAAGCGGAAAAGACAUUGCAACGAGCCUUCGUUGAAUUUUACCAGCAGCUUCGCCUUCUGAAAAGCUACCAUUUCUUAAAUAUGCUUGCUUUCUCCAAGAUUAUGAAGAAGUAUGACAAGAUCACUUCAAGGAACACUUCAACUUCAUUUAUUGAAAUAGUUGGAAAGUCGUAUCUUGGCAGCUGUAAUGAGGUGAACAUGCUUGUUGAAAGACUAGAGAAGACAUUCAUUAAACACUUCACAGAUGGUGAUCGUAGAAAAGGGAUGAACUACUUGAGACCCACAACAAAAAAGGAGAAGCACAGUGUAUCGUUUUUCCUCGGUCUAUUCACUGGUUGUUGUGCAGCACUGAUUGGGGGUAUAAACGUCUCAAUACACGCUCGUGACCUUCUUGAUCAUGAGGGACGAGAGCAAUACAUCUUGUUUGUGUACAUUGUCCUACACAUGGUCAUGUAUGGAGCAAACACAUAUUUAUGGAGACGGUACCAUGUGAAUUACCCCUUUAUAUUCGGAUUAAAACCCGGAACAGAAUUAGGAUUUAGAGAAGUAUUUCUAUUAGCUUCGGGACUUUCGGCACUUGGGCUUGCAGGUGUGCUAGCAAACUUAGACAUGGAAAUGGAUCCAGAAACAGAGAAGUUUCAGAUGCUAACAGAGUUGGUUCCAUUAGGCCUUGUUACUUAUGAAAACUUUGGGCCUUCAUCUUUAAUUACUAUCUUGGUUGGUAUUUGCUUAAAGGUGGUGCUUCUCAUAACCUUUUGCCCUCUGAACAUCAUUUAUCGUUCGAGUCGUUUCUUUUUCAUUCGGUGUGCAUGGCGCUAUCAGCUGAUAAGCCAGAUUCAGGCUAUAAGAAGUCUGCAAUUUUACGUAUGCUACUACGGAUGGGGUGACUUUCGAAGAAGGUCAAACAAGUGCCUUGAGAGCGACAUUUAUGAGAUUUUUUAUAUUGCCGUUGCCAUUAUUCCAUUUUCAUCCCGCCUUCUUCAGGCAAGCCUUUGUCUUCGUGUCCUGUUUGAGGAUAAAAACCCGAAACAAUUCUUCAACGGUUUGAAAUAUUUUUCGACUGUUGUUGCACUUGUGAUGAGGACAAUGUAUAGUUUGAGGAGACAAACAUUUUGGAGAGUAUUGGCUGCAUCAACUUCGGGAGUCACAACCGUAUACAACACGUAUUGGGAUAUUGCCAUAGAUUGGGGGCUUUUGCGCAAAAAUACAAAAAACAGAUGGCUCAGAGACAACCUCCUCAUAUCGUGCAAGCCCGUCUAUUUUGUUGCCAUUGUGGUGAAUGUGUUGUUGAGGCUUGUUUGGAUGCAGUUGAUUCUUGAUUUCAAUGAAGCUCCGUUUCUGCAUAGGAACACAAUGAUUUUAAUUGUUUCAUGCUUAGAGAUACUUCGAAGGGGCAUUUGGAAUUUCUUCAGGUUGGAGAACGAGCACUUCAAUAACAUUGAGAAAUUUCGGGCAUUCAAAUCUGUCACGUUGCCUUUUUACUACCAAGAUGGGAAGAUGAUGUAAAAGUAAAACCUGAAGAUAUUCUACCUUCGUUUUAAUUUUUUUUCUUUUUUCCUUAAUUUUUUGUCCACAAAUCUAAGGUGAGUGUCUUUUUACAUUAUUAAGAUGUUCCUUCUUAGGGAAACUUUAGUGGGACAUUUUGGAGAAGUUUGUAAACCUCAUAUAGUCAUAUUACCCAUGUUAUCAUAAAAUGAGAAUUGAGAAAGUUUUAGGUUUUCAAAGCAGUGUGGAAAGUGAGACAGUGGUAGAUUGUGAAUUUUCCAACACAAUUGUAUCAAAUAAAUGCGUGGGAGAUUGAAAUUUUGUCACGCCAGGCCAUUUCCUUUA